AUGGACUUAAAAGAGAUUAUAAAAUGGUUUAUACCGUGUUUCCACGUUUUACUAUAUUAUAGAAUAUACAAAAUGGACUUUCGUUUGACUAUUUGUUUGUUUUUACUUUUUCCGUGUCCCAGUUUCGCGGGCAAAGUGUACCAUAGUGACGUUGUUUUAGGUAGUGAUAAUAUAAAUAAUAAUACCAAAUAUUUAGGUUUAUUUAACGAAUAUCAGGACCAAAGCGGCCAUGAUAGGAUUAAUGCCCCUCGUACUUAUAAAUAUUUUGAGGAUAAUUCUGUCGGACGAACAUUUGGCCGGCCGUUCAAGAAAAUGAUCCAAGCUAUGAUACCUCUCGCGUUCCAGCUUGGAGCCGCAGCGACUUGGGCGACGGUGGCAGCCAUAGUGGGCGUCAAGACCCUGGCUGUUACCUUGAUCAUACUGAAACUACUCCUGAUUGCUGGUGCUGCUAAGAUUGGAGCGCUGUUCGGUUCCAAGGGUCAUGAUCAUCAUCAAGGAUGGACCCCGCAGCAGAAGGAAAUACACCUCCAUAUACACAAUAAUGGAUUGCACGGAGACGAACACAGUUUUCCUAUAUCCCCCUGGAGCAAGGCGGGUUCUGAUCCUGGUGAAGCAGACACCAAAAAUGUCAACGUUAUUUACGACUCGUAUCCCGGACCUCAAACCAUACGGACACCGUAUGGACACUACGUGAAAAUCGAACCUGGGGCCCAAGCCACGCAAUGACAAUAAAUAGACAUAUGAGUACCUACUGACCAAAUAUGAAAGUUUCGAAGAUUAAAUUGGUGGUACGUGCUG